CGUGAAAUGGCAACGGAGGAGCACCAGCGGCUGGCCGGCAUCGUCAAGAGCUGCCACGAGAGCCUCCGCCAGCUGACGAAACAGCAUGGGGCGACGGUGGCCUGGCAGGAGCACACGAGUCCCAGAAAUGCCAAGCGUCUGGCGGAGUACGCCAAGGCCAUGCGGCAACUGGCGGCCAUAUGGGAGACGAACGACGGGAAUUUGGAGCUGCAGGCGCGCAGCCGCAUCAAGUGGGCCAUUGACUACAUUACCAAGUACUUCUUCACCGAGGGCAUCUACCUGCAGAAGCGGCAGCGGGAGCAGCGACUCCUGGAAUCCUACAAGAGCGAGGGCCAGUUGGGAGAGGUGAGGUGUCAGCUAAUGGAGGAGCCGCCGGACAGGCUACGGGUGUUGGACGUGGGCAGCUGCUUUAAUCCCUUUGCCAGUGCUCCGCACCUGGAGGUAACGGCUCUGGAUCUGUGCCCCGCCACCGAAGAUGUGUUGCAGGCGGAUUUCUUGAAAGUUGAAGUGGUGCCUGGAGUGGCGGAACCCGAGCUGGAAGAGGGCAGUGUCAGAAGGCUACCAGCGAACCAUUACGAGUGCGUCAUCUUUAGCCUGCUGCUGGAGUACAUGCCCAGCGCCGAGCAGCGGCUGCAGUGCUGUCGGAAGGCCUACGACCUGCUCCUGCCCGAGGGCAUCCUUGUGCUCAUCACACCCGACUCGCAGCAUGUGGGCAAGAAUGCCCACCUCAUGAAGAACUGGCGCUAUUCGUUGGCCAAGCUUGGCCUGUUGCGGGUGCGCUUCGAGAAGCUGCCGCACAUCUCGUGCAUGGUUUUUCGCAAGGCCAUCAGCCGGGAGCUCUCGCAGCACUGGGCUAGCAUCCACCGGGAGGAGGGGAUGUGUGAGGAAAUCCGGAUACCACAGGACGAUGGCUAGAUAAGAUACGAGCUACGAACGCUACGAGCCUCAUAAAUCGAUGUAAAUAUGUCCGCGUCUACUUAUUUAUGGCUUAACUUAUCUGUGUUAAGUGCGAGUUAAUAAUAAUGGUUGACGAUUUAUCUAC